AUGUCGCAAGUUGAAACCUCUAGCGACCAUCUUCCUCAUACCUUUGGGUUAUGGAGUGGAAUCAGCAUAGGAUGGCUGACUCUGAACGUCUUCGGUGGCAUGUCCUUUAUCCUCUUCGUUGGGCUUUCUGCGGGAGGUAUUCCAGCCAUUCUUUACGGCUUUAUCGGUUCUAGUAUCUGCGUACUAUGCAUCAUCCUUACCUUUGCGCAGUGCGCCGCUCGAUACUCUACCGCAGGGGGUGCCUACCACUAUGCGACCUUCUUGAUACCUGAGAAGUACCGCCGCCAAUGUGCCUAUCCUCUCGGAUGGCUCAACUACUGUGGCUGGGUCUUGACGCAUGCUGCUUGCUGUGCCAUCGUCGCGACAUUGACCCUGGCGCUGGUCAACCUAUGCCGGCCCGAAUUCGACGUGACUACAAGAUGGCAGUUGUUCUUGGUGUAUCUGGCAAUGGUGUUCGGAUGUUGGCUGAUCAACCUAUUCGGGCUAAGGGGAAUUCCUACCCUCGAGCUCGUCGGAUGCUGGGCUACAGUGUUCGUGUUUGUAGCAUACACAAUUGCCCUCCUCGUCAAAGCCCCAAAAGCCACGCCACAUUCUGUGUUCGUUCAGACGAACAAUGAUACGGGGUAUUCUUCCACGGGCUUUGCUAUUCUGUUGGGUUUAUUCAACAGUUUCUCUACGUUGAUGGGCCUCGACUGCCCCACGCACUUGGCCGAAGAAGUCAAGAAUCCGAAAAAGGUCAUCCCUAGGAUUCUUCUGAUUGUCAUUAUCUCACAAUUCUUCGUUGGGGUUGUUUGGAUUCUUGUCCUGGGCUUCUCUAUCAGCGACCUGCCCACCAUCAUCGCAAGCCCCACUGGUGUUCCAAUCCUCGAACUGAUUAGACUCGGUACCGGAAGCGAUGCUGCGGCGAUUGUGUUUUGCAUCAUUCUCAUCAUCAACCAAGGAGCCUCUGCGCUCGGAAGCGCCGUGACGAUGAGCCGGCAAGGAUACGCUUUUGCCCGAGAUGGAGGACUGUUUUGGAACCACAAACUUACUGAACUGUCGCCCCGAACUCAGCUUCCAGUUUGGUCCAUCCACGUGCCCGCAGCCCUGGUCGCUCUGGUUGGUUUGAUUUACUUAUUCUCGAACGCCGCCUUCAACGCAAUUAUUGGUUCGCAAGCGGUUUGCAUGAUCAUCAGUUUCGGUAUGAGUGACCACCGACCGUUUGGAAAUCAACACUUACGAGGAACAGGAUGCCCAGCGCUCAUCAUGCUGCUGACGAAGAACUCAACCUUGCCAGAAAGCAAGAGCUGGAACUUUGGCCGAUUUUCAACGCCUAUCUACGUUGUUUCCUCCUUAUACUCGCUUCUGGUUGUCAUAGUUGCUCUCAUCCCCCAGGUUCACCCGGUCACAACGUUGACCAUGAACUACACGAGCUUGAUAAUGGGAGUCUUUGGUAUUGCCAUGACAGUGGCAUGGUUCUCGGAGGGCCGAAGGCUUUUCUCGCCGCCAACGUACCACGAGAUUGGGUUGACUGUGGUGGAUGGCUUAUCGUUCAGCGAAGGACAGGACGAGGAAACUGGAGAGAAACGUGGAGGACAAGUAAAGGUCGGAGAUGGACAGCAGUUUGUCAGCGAGGCAAUGACGUGA